AUGUCCGCGUCGUUAUUAGCCGGUAAAACCCUCCUCAAACAGGAUGGCACUGUUGUUCGUGCUGAUGAAGUGCUGCUUAAGAAGGAUAUCGUUGCGCUGUAUUUUGCUGCUCAUUGGUGCCCCGAUUGCACAGCCUUCACUCCAACUGUUAAGAAGUUCUAUGAGUCGCUAUUGAGAGAAUUGGAGAAUUGCUUCCUUUGCUCUGUCCAGGAUGUAAGAGCCAAGAAUCCCGAUAAGUUGGAAAUCAUAUUCGUGUCUAGCGACAAGUCUGAGAACGAGCAGAUUGCUUAUCAUCGGAAUGACAUGCCUGAUUGGCUGAGGGUUCCUUUCAAUGACAAACGUACUCGUGCUACGUUAAAGAAAGAAUAUGGAGUGUGCGCUAAGAAGGAGAUGGAAGACAUUGGAAUUAGCGACUCUCAGCGAAAGGCUGGUAUCCCGACGCUUGUGGUCCUCAGUAAGAACCGUAGAACAGUGAAGGUGUUUGAUGCUGGCGCUGAUAUCGAGAAGUACGGCGAAGCAGCUGUUGAUCGUUGGUAA